AGAAAGAACAUGUUCAAAUAGUGAGCAGGUGAAAAUAGAAGUUUGAGUUGACUGCAAUAAACGACAAUUCAAGAACUCUAUUUAAGAGAUCUGUACACUCUCCAUACACGCCUGUAAACAGAAAUGCUCUCACACCAAGACAAAGUUCAAACAUUUGGACUGCCUAAGAGUCAUACACAUAAAAACAAAUUCCAUGCAACUCAGAUUAACAUAUACUCUUGCCUGAAGAGUAACCACCGCAGUCGGCAAAAACUAAUAUUUGAGAAGCAUCUAAUGAAAUGAGGAAAGCUCACCCAUUCAUUAGAAACAAAUCAUGCAAAAUAAAAUGGUGAAUACUACGUUUAUAUUAAGUGGCCAAUCAACUUAUGCAACAAACCAUAUCUAUAUAUGAUAAUAUCAUAAAAGUGACAUCAUAGUGGCUAUAAAAGCACAACUGAACUUUUUUUCCAUAACGGUGAUGUUUGGAUCAGUGUGCGCAGACCAAGACUAAUUCCAAGGGGUACUUGCUAUCUCCAACCAGCACAGGUACCAAGUAACAUUAUCUACAAAGGCUUGGACAAAUGAAAAAAAGCACCUUAGUGUUUUUGCCUCUGCUCUAAUUUGAAAUGAGACUUGUAGUUCUCAACCCAUUUCAUUAAACAUGAGGCCACACCCUUGGGUGACAGCUGAAACCAGUUAAAGAUGCUAAAAGAAAAAAUAAGAUACUACAUUUCUUAACUUGUACAGUAGAUACACCACUCAAGUCAACAAACGCCAUCAACAAACCAGGGUUGUCUCCUACAUUUCUUACUCCUAUUUCCAUAAUCAUCUUAGCUCUGCUGUCUAUCCUAUUACAACAAGUAUAUAAACAAAACAAGUCCAAAUAAAAAAUUCAAAAUAUUUUGAAAUUUCACUAACUUAAAAAACUGUGGGGUGAAUUGCGAACCCAGGUCCUUAGAAAAGGCAGAGGUGCAUCAAGGAUGCAUGCUUAAAUUUAAUACAUUUGAGUGACCGUGUUCCCUUGCUACGGGUGUGAAUGUAGAGAAUAAAUCCUUCAUGAUCUAAAUUUUAAGAUUUGGGGAUACGGAUACAGGUGCGGUGAUUCGAUUAAAAAUAUUUCAAUAUCUAAAAAUAGAGUUAUAUGUCUAAAUUAUGAGACAUGGAAAACUUACAAGGUAUUUCAAGGAAAAAAUAUUGAUCAAGAGGAGAUUCCAAAAGGAGAUAAAAGGAAAAGGACUGACAUAGAAAUUUCUAUAUACAAGCUAUUCCUUAUUAUUCAAUUUCACCUAAACUUUUGUUUUGAUUACAAAAAUCAUAGAUGCUUGUCCUGAAUCUCUCCCUUGAUUUUGGUCAAAAUUCCCAAAAUUGAUUGACCAAAGCCGGUACAGAUCCACGCCCAUGUCGUGUCGACAUUGGUGUGGCACCGAAAGUGAAGGUUCCAAGCAACUUAUAUGGUCACAAAAAUAAUGAAACAUAUGGAUACAUGCACAACAUAUUCUCCUAUACAUGCUCAACAUGCGUAGUGGAGACAUAAAGGUUAUGCACUUCAACAGCUUGAUGAAUCACAUAAACUGAAUAGCAAUAUUGUGAAGCAAAUAGUAACCAGAAAACAAAAGGGAAGUACUAACCAAGAUUACACAACCGAUAGUUCAUUAAGUAACAAAUUUCAUAGGUAACCUUGUAUUUGUAAACCAAUAAAUGUUAUACAAGAAUCAACUAGAAGAUAUUACUUAUAACAAAAUUCUGUGAAGGCAAGGCCUCAAUCACAGACAAUGCACCAACAUAGAAAGCUAAAAUUAUGUGGAAAAAUAAAAGAUGCAACAGAUAUGGAAGGGGUAUGCCAUAACGGGCACACUCAUAGGUUGAGAUCAGAUCAGGAGGAGCGACUACAGCUACUCCAAACGUUUCGAGAAGAAUGGCUCAAGACAUGUUAAAUAUAUUGAAACAUGGUGGGUCAUUUGGUUCACGUGCUAGUUAAAGGAAUUGUAGUGUAGAGAUAUUUUAUGCGGAAACAAUAAUGAAGGAAUUGUUAUACCGUGAACAAUAUUUUAAGGACUAAGGACUGUUAUGUUGUGUCUAAUAACAUCACAGAAAAUAUUAUGUAGGAAUGACCCACGUUAAGGGUAUUUUUGUCUUUAAAACUUCUAUCUGAGUAAUACAUGCAUUUUUGUUCUACUCUUUAUGUCACAAAAAUAAUACAUGGAUUCUCGCAACUUAAUGCGAGUAGUAUUUAUUACGGCCAACCAAAGGUUCGCUGCAUUGAUCGUGCGGAGAUUAAUUUUUCUUAACUAAUAAGUAAUAAGUUUUCUUAACUAAUUAGUAGUAAGUAAAUGUUGCAUUAAUUAUGCUAGGAAUAAUUAUGUUAGGAUAAAGUUGUUGCUUGAACUCUCCAAAACUGUUGUUGCACCAGUAUUGCAUCCUUCGAAUAUGCACUACUUUUUGAGGAUCUGACACAUACCCAUCAACAUUAUUUAAGAGUCCGAACAACAUAUAUUUACCUAAUCCAACCAAACAGAACCCCUAAAUGUUAAGCACAAUUGCUUAAUUUUUUAGUUAGAGGACAAUAUUCGGAAAUUCUUUUAAGUCACUAGUCCUCGCAGCAUUUUCCAAUAAGAUAAACUGAGACCACAAACUCUAGAGACUUGUUAUAAUACAAAAGCACCUUGUUAGAUAUUCACUCAGCUGCUUGAUCAUGUCACCUGAUCCAUGCUGUGAAGUGUUUUUGUCGUUAAGUCCCCAUAAAGGAAGACCAUAAAAAAAUCUAGGAGACUGCUCCUUUGUCCUUAUCCUCAGGAACGUGAAAAGAGAGGAAAAAAGAAGCUUCACAUGGACAACAACGACUGCUUAAAAAGCGGAAAGUUCACGCAUAAAAACUUUGUAUACACUAUACGCAUGUAUUUAUCAUGAUUUUCUGUUCUUCACCCACAUUUCUAUUGCUCUUCGAGAAAUUAUAUAAUAGAAACCUCUAAUUAGAAAGUUCAAACAUUUGAUCCACAUAACUAGAUCCAUAUCAGGGGACCAUAACAACUUGAUAGGAGAGACGGGAGUAAUGGGAGAUCUAAACCAACAACAAUUAGCACAAUUGUUGGCUUUGUACCAAGAAGCAAAUGCUACCAGUUCAGCAAGACUGGAAGACUUGAAUGCUCGCUUGGAUGCACUAACGAAGGAUUUAGCAAAUUUAAAGGCAGAUGUUGAAGCAAUUGGUAAUGGCAAUCAAAAUCAAGGUUGGAAAGGUAAAGCAGUGGCUGCAGGUUCAAGAUCAGAAACAGGUGGGAAUUCCAUGAUUCCUAAACAUAUAAAGUUGGAUUUUCCACGAUUUUGUGGCCAAGAAGAUCCCUGGGGAUGGAUGAACACGUGUGAGCAUUACUUUCAACACCAACAUACACAAGAAGAAGAAGAAAUUGGACUUGCUUCUUUUCAUUUGGAAGGAAUUGCACAACGAGAGACGGGAGUUAUGGGAGAUCCAAAGCAAAAACAAUUAGAAAUUUUGGCUUUGUACAAAGAAGAACGUGCAACCAAUUUAGCAAGGCUGGAAGACUUAAAUGCUCGCGUGAAUGCAGUAAUGAAUGAAUUAGCAAAUUUAGAGGCAUAUGUUGAAGCGAUUGAAAAUGGCAAUCAGAAUCGAGGUUGGAAAGGGACCGACCUUACAGAUUCGCACUUUCGUGGCUAGGGAUCUCAUAUAGAAGAUUGAAGUUUGGUAAGUCCUCAUAUUCUGAGGACCGAGCUUGAUUCCCAUUUUGUCUUAACUUUUCAUUUUGAAACUUGAUGUACGGGCUACGCCCCGAUAUAUUCUUAUGUACUAGAUGGCUUUGAGAGGAUGUUUAAAUUUUUUAAAUUUUCGCUUUUUUCUAUAAAACUAUUAUAUGUUGAAACUAUCUUUUAAUCUGUUUAUUCUAUUUUAUUUUUUUUUGUAUAAUGAACGCUAAGUAUCUUGUGUGGGGCCUCUCGGGGUCCUAUACGCCAUGUUACGCCUGGGGGCCACAUUAGGUCCUGACAAAAGAAGUAGUGGUUGUAGGUUCGGGAACAGAAACGGGUGGGAAGUCCAUGAAUCCUAAACAUACAAAGUUGGAUUUUCCCAAUAUUGUGGACACUAAGACCCCUUGGGAUGGAUGAACAGGUGUGAGCAUUACUUUCAAUACCAAUAUACACAAGCAGAAUAAAAAAUUAGACUUGAUUCUUUCAUUUGGGAAGAAUUGCACAACUCUGGUUUCUUCAACUAGAUAAAGAUAUGCCUCAAUAUACUUUGGAUGAGUUCAAACGUCAAUGCAAUUUUUGUUUUGGACCAUCAAUUAGAAGUCAAAAGUUGGGAGAAUUGGCUAAGUUAUGUCAAAUUGGAUCUGUGGCAGAUUACCAAGAAACGUUUGAGCAACUGGUUUCACGGGCUGGCACUCUUACACAAGCGCAAAAAAGUGAACUUUACAUUAGUGGUCUUGCUAAUUAUAUAGCAAUUGAGGUAGAGUUGCAUAAUCCUCCAGAUUUGGCUACGCGAUGAGUAUUUUGACUUUAUGAACGCAUGGAACAACCCCUUCAUUCACAAUUAUUUGGUCCAAGCAAAAAAAUGCUAGCAAAUUAAGACACAUUAGAAAGUGAAAAACCAUCUCAAUAAUUACACAUUAAAAACUGCAAUCAGAGGCUAUAGAAUAUAGCACCUUAGUAUAAUCAUAAGACCAGAAGAAGUUGA